GGGCUUCAGGUGGAGUGCGAGAGUGGGAGAGGGCGGCUGCCCACAAAGCAGGAAAAGCUUCCCCCCUCCCCCCUCCCCCAUCCCUCUCCAUUCCAUUCCAUUCCCUUCCCUCCCCUCCCGCACAAUCUGCGUGCCGAUCGAUGGUGGAUCGAUCGCCCGUCUUUGCGGGCAAUCUCUCGCUCUGCUGCUGAACUUCGGAGCUCUUCCAUUCUUUUUUAAGAUUUCAAGGUGGGCUUUCGUACGGGCCAGGAUAAUGCUGAUGUCGCUUGCGUACCUCGCUGAGGGCACAGGGUACGACUCGGGUCGCUCGGCCGACCCCCAAAUGACCGGGAAAGCUCCGAUCGAACUUAUCUGUUCCAUGGCUGGAUUUUUGGAGCCCUCCCUCUCCCUCUCUCUCUCUCUCUCUCUCUCUCUUCUUUGGGCUGGGCUGCUGCUGUGCCAGACCCAGCUCUCGCGUGAUGCAACGCGUACGCGAUGGAUGCACUCUGAAUCACAAUAACCGACUGUUGUUGUUGUUGUAGGCCCGAUGCCCAACUGUUGUGCUGGUGCUGGCGAGACGGAAGGUUCUCAGAUUGUUUGACAGUUUCUCGUGCAGUGGGUAGCGCCCAUUUGUCAUUCUCGAACGUCUCCCAGCGGCGGAUCAGACAUCCAGCAUUUUCAUGAUGCAGUUAGUUAAUUCUCUGAUAAACCCCGACCCUCCCUCGCUUAGGCUCAUCUGAUCUGGCACGGACUCUCAGACAAGAGUUAGAACUGACCUCCUUCCGCCAAAAAGGCAUCGAAUUCGGAGCAUAUGGCACCAGGCAGCAGAUAGAGUCGAUCAUGCGGCUUCCGAUCCACUCGGAAGCAGAUGAAGGAGAUGAAGUCAUGAAUCUUCUGCGCAGGUUCAGCACAGCUCAGCGGGGCUGGAAUCGCGACAAGUGGGCAGUGCAAGCACGCACACAGUGGUCCCUUUCUUCUCCCUCGCUCCCUCGGUCCCUCCCCGAGCUCACAUUUUCGCCUCGCGGGUGCUCAUUGACCAUCGGCCCGAUUCCUUUUUCGCCGGGAGGGUUCAGGCUGAACGAGGGCUGCAUUGAAUCUGUAUAAUUAAUUGAUGGACGAGCAGCAGUGGGUGGGGGCCCGACUCGGGGUCGAUGUCAAGAGGGCAUGCGCACCUCUCGUCGUCGACCUACACCAUGGCGAAAUCGAAGAUGGGCCCGGCCCUUUGAGGCGAAGGCAUCACGGCUGGAUAUGGUCAACGGACACACACAGAGAAAUAUUUGCCCCGAUGUCCACGGAGUCGAAUGUGCGCCCGGCCAGAGCUGAGCACUUUCUGCACGGCGACAGGCAGGGCCCCGUGCCUGCGACUUUUUGACGGGCCGAGCUUCGCCCCCACCGGCGCUUCGUCUGCGCGGCCCAUCGGCAGCUCACCUGCAAACGACGCCUGCUUGUCCAUUUCAACCCUCACGGCCAGAGAACAAUGCCAGACCCGAGCGCCGAGUGUGCGGAAUCCCCCAAAUCCCAAAAGCAGCAGCAGCAGCAGCAGCAGCGACCGACUUUUGACAGGAUCAUCCUUCUCCAUGGCCGCGCUUGCCCCCCGAGCCCGUGCCCGACCAUUCAAUUCGACCUCACCAGAAAAGAUCAUGCGCGCGAGUAGGAAUCGAUCGAUGCCCGACGGGGACAGUUCGCGAGCUCGACUCGCCGAUCCACCCAACUGGCCCCCGUCCGAGUCAACGAUUCGCCAUCGCAGCCGAGACGGGGUCAACUCUCUGACGCAGGCCCGCGUGCGAGCGAGAUUGAGUCCCCAACGUCUACUCAGGUCUCUCCCCAACUGCGCAGCGCGAGCGAAGGGAGGAAAGAAAGUCGCAGAUCCGGCGAACCGCUGUUCGGGGGGGGACAAGGGCCGUUGUCGUGCACGGAACGAAUUUCUCGGCCGGAUCUCGAAAGCGACGAGGGCGAGGGAUGAAUGCGCAGCGAAUGCGCGUUGCCCCUCGCCCCGAAGAACAGACGUCGAGAAAGAUGUCCGACUAGCGGUAGACUUUGCGUACAGCUUCGCGACGGAGAACGAACUUGUCUGGAAUAUCAGGAAAUUAGAGAGCGCCAUUCGGAUGAUUCGAUGCGGUAGGAUUCAGGGUUUUACGACCCGCGUUGCUCGAUGCCCUCUGGCAUAUGCCUUCGUUGUGUCAACCCACCUUCGUACAUGUUUCUUCGAUUCAUCAUCCUGUUUUUAUUGAAUGGACGACAAAUGUCAUCGAGAGAAAAGCCGGGAGUACAUUUCACGCCAGAUCACACCGAACCUCCCGAGAAUGUGACAUCUCUCCAAUGUACUCUCUGUUCAGAUGAAAGUAGCUGACUCGAAAACGAGUCCGAGCUCUUUUGGUCCCCGGAGAGAAAGAAAAGGCGGAUCGAUCGACCGAUUUUUCCGUACCUCGACUGCCUGACUGCCUGCCUGCCAGCAGCAUGCAUCAAUGAAUUGACCUGAGCUGCUCCGUACUCGAGGUCUCUCGCAUUCCUUUCAGUUUACCGACUUGACCGCUCGUCGUCGUAAGCCAAGGGCCUUUUCACUUUCUCUCACGAAAUUCGGCGCACUUCGAGUCCAAAGUCGUUAAUCGCCCGCACGAUGAUGGAAAUUCUCGACGUCCUUUCUGCUUCGACAGUUGGACGGUUGGAUUUGCCAGUGACGAAUUUGCGGCCCAUUCCUGCUGUGAAGUCAAAGCAGCGACGACGACGAAGACGACGACGAUCGUGCAAAAGUGCUCGCAUCCUCACGAGCGACGUGAUCUUUGCCCACAACCAAUCUCCCCUUUGCUUUUCCCGAUAUUGCGAACAGAGUUAAAAAUUCAAUGAAUGAAUCCGGGCGCAGCGAUCCUUAUCGGCAACUAGUUCACUUCACGUCAACAUCGAUCGACGCAC